AUGGAAGCCAGUUCCAUGCAUCCCAACUGGCAGGCCUGGGCGGGGCAAGGGCCCACGCCGGAGGAGGUGUCCACCUCUUGUGACGACAAUGACGUGAGCCAGGCUGGAAUUUGCGUCGGUGACGCCGGGAUCCCAUUGCUCCAGGCUCCAGCGCGUGUAGAAGGUUCUUUUUCUUUUUCUUUCCCCGGCGAAGAGCUUUUUCUUCGGUUCUCCUCCGCAAAGAUGACGGAGACGCUGAAGAUCAGCGACGGCAGCACCAUGGAGAUCGCCCGGCUGCCGGACGUGGACGACGCCACCUGGGCGGAGCUCAAGGCCUACGUGGAGGGCAACCCGGAGACGGCGAAGACGCUGCAGAACUUCGCCAAGAACCCGGAGGCCAUGCGGGGCUGGCUGCAGACCCAGGCCAUCGCCGAGCACUACAACACCAAGUUGUCCAAUGGAGACACGCCGGUGCAGGACAAGGUGAAAUCCUUGGAGUCGGACCCUGAGCUGCAUCACGUCUUCGAGGACAUCAAGAAAAACGGCAUGGAGGCAGCCAUGAAGUACUACCAGGACGAGGAGCUGAUGCUGAAGAUCUCGCAGAAGAUGGGGGGCCUGCCGUCCGAGCUGUCCCCGGUGCUGCAGAAGAUCGACGACACCGCCAUGACGCUGCACGAGGCGGCCAAGCGGGGGGACCUCGCGGCCGUGAAGGCCUUCCUUGACCGAAAGAAGCCGCUGGACGCUCAGGACUUCAAGGGCAUCACGCCUUUGGGCUACGCCAUCGGCGCCAACCGCAUCGCCGUGGUGAAGCUGCUGCUGGACAACCGGGCCAACCCUUACGCGGUGGACAGCUCCGGCAACAGCGGCUUGCACUACGCGGCCGGCUACGGCCGGAAGGAGCUCUUGGAGUACCUGCUGAAGGUGGGGGCCAAUGUGAAUCAGCCCAACGCCCAGGGCAUGACACCUCUGGCUGCGGCCACGCAGAACCAGCAGGAAGCGACCGUCCAGGUUUUGAGAGCUCAUGGAGCUCAAUAG